AUGAGAACAGCGGCACCAAUUUCGCUGCAGGAGCAUUACCAUGGUCUGGCUCCUGGUCUCUGGAAUGCAAUUUCGGAUGUCAAUGCUGUAGUCUCCAUCGAUAAUGUGAGUCUAGAGGUUGCUGGCCAGCUCUCGGUAGGUGAUGUGUCGUCCACCAAUCUCCGCGUUCGUGCAGGAGCUCGAAGCGGAAUAGCGCCAGAGGAUGCCCUCAAUCGAUUCAUUGGUGCAGGCACAGGUGCUCAAUUUGAGCUUCCUUCCACCGCGACACUGCCGGAUGAAGACAAGGAUCCGUUUGAAGCAGUUUUGACACUGCAAAAAGACGCAUCAGGAUGGUAUCUUGAGAACGCGAGCGCCACAUUGUUCUGGCAGCAGCAAUACUGGUAUUCGAUUGAUGGCAUCAACAUCUCUCUACAAGAACUCUACUUCGAAUUCAUUGCCAAGCGCGAAUUAGCGCCAGCCAACGAGAACCCUUCAGAUAUGCCAUUGGCAUUCAGCGCCGCAUUCGGCGGUUCCAUCACGCUUUACAACAUUCCUAUGGCAGUCGUCAUCACCUAUCAGUCCAAGAUUACUACUACUGUGUUGACUUGCACAGUCGACGAUGAUGCGAGCAUCUGCCUUCAAGAUAUCGCUGCGGACUCUUUACUAAACCCCACCCCAGACCCCACUAAAACCCCAACUCCCCACGAUCUGAACCAAGAGGCACAAAUAAACCAGGUCCCUGGCAGUGUGCCAGUAGACCUGACCUGUUGCUCUUCUCAUAUCUGGGGUACACAGCGAUUCUGCAUCUUAAUUUUCACUGCCUCAGAACCGGCUCAAUUGCAAUUGAAAGCAAACUUUGAGUUGGACUGGCAGGUCACGUCGCAGCUGACCAUCACCGGUAUGGGAACCUAUUUUGACAUCACCAACCCGACAUCUUCCGACAAGUCAUCCGUCAUCAAAGGAUAUGCUUAUGGACGACAAGGAGGUGAUUACAUUCAAACAACCUUCAUAGCCAAUACCCCCACGAUUCUCACCACUUCGAUCAAAGACAAUCUAGAUGGAUCGUACACUAUAGGAUUGAUGAUGCCAGUCGCAGCUUUUGCCUCUCAGACUCCCACGCCCCCGCUCCAAACUUCAGUCAACGGACAGCCGAUCCAAGCCACGCCAAUCUCAUUCCCAAUGUCCCCGUUACCUAUGGUCUCAACUAGGGCAGAUGGGCUGGGGCUUACCGACGCGAUACUUGGACAAGAGGCAUACUUCUCGAUAUCAUGCUUAUCUUCAAAUGGGCAGCUUCCCUCUACCGGCUUCCAUGACGCGUCUGUAUACUUACUCCAGACUGGCACUGAUGCCCCUGCGUACGUGGCCUGCACUGUAUCCUCGAUCAAUACCGGCACUAUGGAUGUUAGGUACACCGUCCCAGCGGAUUUGAGUGCUGGUACACAUCAAUGCUACAUCUUCGUGAACUCAGAGCAAAUCCCACAGUCAUCAACAACGGUAAACGUCAUGACUAGUGCUAUUGAUGACUUCAGCGAGGCUGUCGUUGCAAACCCCACAUUUUGGACGAUAAAUACGUCGCAAGACGAUGUCACGACCAUAACGACGCAGAACGGCGCCGCUACAGGGGCGUCCGCUCCUAUAAACUUUGCGCUGAACCUACCUAUGACUGACGAAUGGUUCCAAAACGGCGGCUUCAUGUUCACCUUCGAUAUCACGAUCGACUCCCACACGCCCAUUCAAAUUGCCCCCUUCACCCAACCUACAAAUCCAGUCAACAUGACUUGGAUCAAUGGUCCGAUCAAUGAUGACAGGGUCGUCGAAAACACUCAAUCAACUAUCGAAUGGGAGGUAGGCGGUAAUCCCAUCACAGUCCCGCGGUCAGAACGCUUGUACCUUACGCCCACGGAUGCUGCGACUAUCUGCUACCAUUAUAUAAUUUUAGAGGACAAGUCGCAAUACCUCCUCUACAUUUUUCAAGCAGGCCAAUAUAUCCGGCGCCUCUCGACGAUUGGCUGCACAAUAGGCAUCUCAAAUGUCACAACAGUGCCCACGCGAUUCCGCACCAAACCUAGGCCAACUGCGACGGCCGACAACUUUCAGCUCGGAAACGAGGCAGCAAAUGCGCUUGACGGUAAUGCGAGUACAUUUUGGCAUUCAGACUCGGUCUCAACGGUCCAAAACUGGGAUACGCCUUGUGCUACUGGUAGCUUCACUGAUGAUUCUUCCACCAAGGCGGUGAACUUCGCCAGCAAGAAUUCACGAUAUGUAAAGCUUACCGCUAUAACAGAAGCUGGCAAUCGCGGUCCGUGCUCGAGCGCUGCAGAGAUCGAAGUUUCUUACACCCAAGCAUCAGGUGCCGACGUCGUUUUCUCCGAGCCUUGGGCUUCAAAGUACGUCCUCACUUUGAACAACUCUGGCACCCUAGAUAGCUGUGGCUUGAUCAUCGACGGCACUCACCAGAGCCAAUCCGACCGCUCCAUCUACCAGAGUCCCAUCCCGGAAAACGGCUGCAGCGUCGCCGUAUACUCCCUCUCAGCCUCCAAAGCUUACGACUUCUUUGUCCCCAAACCUGGGGAACCGCCUAUAAUAUCAGCCAUUGGCUUCCAAGGGCCGUAUUGGAAUCCAAGUAAUGGACGCUGGGUCAAUUGGAGAAUGUCAAUUGAGGAUAUUGGGGCUUCGAAUAUGAAGCUCGAUCUUACGGCCAUGAAUACGGUGUUGGUGGUGACGGGGAAAAAUUGCGUGACUGUGUUCUCAAAUGGAGUCUUUCAAUUUUCGAAUACGACGGCCUUUGGCCAACCCAUCACGACAUUGAGCCCGCCGAAACUAGUCUCUUAUUGGACUGAUAUCACGUGGCAUGCUUUGAGAGUGUAUCCGCCGUUGAAGCUUGCGUCUUAG